AUGCUGCCUUCAAGCCGUCUCGUUUUCUCGGCGUUGCGGCAAAGCCGUCAGGUACUGCCAGGGAGGCGGUUGUUUGGUGUUGGAAUAGGGGAGACGACUGAAGCAGGUCACCCGAAGAACCCCAACAUGACUCCCAAUGAGGAUCACUCUCCAGCCACCACUGACGACCUGACACGUGAAGAUGCUGAGUCAGCAGCACCAACCCCAGGAGGCGGCCCCACCAGCCUGAUGGAUGCGAGGGGCGAGAAGGAGCAGAGGCACUCCACACAUCUGAGGGCCAAGGGGUUUGCAGUGACAGAGCUGGAGGCUGGAGUGACUGAUGCUGAGGAGAAAUUGAUAAAGAGGCCUGGAUCUGGCUUGGGAGGAAGCAGGCUGUCAGUUACCAGUGUAACAAUCUCAGGAGUGCCAAAUUGA